AUGCACACGUGGGCUAUGCGAAAUCCCGGGGGUCCAGCUCUUUUGGGUGCAUCGUUCGGCAAAGACAACGCCACGGUACCCGAAACGGAUAGCAGUUCGGCCAGAUCAACGGGGGCGGAGAGCAAAACCAAGGCAGACGAAAAGAUUCACCUCCAGUUUAGGGGACGCCAUGUGACUAUACUAUGCAAUCCAAGGCCACAGCACUUGCCUAACAAUCGUCGGCUUGGCUACGACAAAACAAAGAAGGAUCGGGGAAAUGGCGCGGCAUCAUAG